GUUACAAUAGUUUUUCACAUCUCAAGUACUGUCAAAAUUCUUGACUUCUCUCAAAAUCAUUUCCCCUGACUAAAUCAGAUUUCCUCCCCUCUCAGAUUCUUCAAUAGGGUUCACGUAAUUCUCCAUUUUCCUAAUGGAUUGGCAAGGACAAAAACUCUCAGAGCAACUGAUGCAGAUAAUGCUCGUUGCUUCUGCUCUUAUUGCUUUCGCUGUUGGUUAUGUGAUUGGUUCUUUUAGGUUGAUGCUGUUGAUUUACCUUGGAGGUGUUGUUCUUACUACUUUGAUUACUGUUCCUAAUUGGCCUUUCUUUAAUCGUCAUCCACUGAAAUGGUUGGAUUCGGACGAAGCUGAACGUAACUCUACACCACCGGAGACUGUUGUUCAGAAGAAAAAGACUUCGAAAGCUCAUCAGAAAUUAUUGGGUACAGAAAUGGAACUUGGUGUUCGCUUAUGGGGAGAAAUGAAGACGAACCUAAGCAACUGGUUGUAAGCUUACUUGUCUUAAUUUGACUAACAAUUCUGAUCCUGUCAGAAACGUGCCUGAAGCACUAUGCUCAUGACAAGACUUGCAUCAGCUAAGCAAUUACACUGAACAUUAAACGGGACAGUAUCUGCCAUGGUUGGUUUUCUACGGUACUGAUACAACACCACACCAUGGUGAAUCAAGUGGAGGUGAUAUAAAGAAAAUGAUAUUGAGCAACUCCUCCAAGGCCCUCACCAAUCAUCAUGACUUGCAUUUAUCAGGAGCACUCCAUGGAGAAGUUUUAGAAGUUCCUUUCAGUAUUUUAUCUUCAGGUGAUAGUGCCGUAAAAUUCUUCCAGUUGUCGAGAACAAGUUGGAGGUCUUGAAGCUUAUUCUCAACACCAAUGCAACAGUUUGCGUGCAUCGUACUAACUUUGUUCAUAUCUUUGCUUGGUUCACAAAACCCGCCGAAGUAUGCUGUGUCUAGAUACUUUAUACUUAAACCCAUAGCAUUAACCGCUGGAUCAUGUUUAAUGAUUUCAAAUACUGUUUGAUCGUGAGAAUUAGGAU